GGGCAUAAGAAGAAAAGGGCUGGGCGGUCUGCACCUGCAGGCAUUAAGAUGGCUUUGCAGCAGCCUAUUUUGAAUCCGUUCAUACCGUUUACCGGCCCCAUUUUUGGGGGCCUGAGUGAGGGGAAGAUGAUUAUAAUCCAAGGCCAGGUCCAGGCUCCUGCGAAAAGUUUCGCAGUUAAUCUCGUGUGCUUGAACGGCGACAUUGCCUUCCACUUCAACCCACGGUUUGAUGAAGGCCGGGUCGUCGUAUGCAACACACAGCAAAACCACCGCUGGGGAUCUGAGGAGCGGGCCUUUAAUAUGCCCUUCCAGCCAGGUUGCUACUUCGAGAUGAUCAUCAGCGUCAAGGGCCACUGCUAUCAGGUAUCGGUCAAUGGCAAUCAUUUUGUGGAAUACAGGCACCGUGUCUCUUUCCAGCUAGUCCAGAUGUUGCAGGUCAGCGGGAAUAUCUCCUUGAACUCCAUCAGCUUUGGUGGAACUUCUGCGCCACCUCCGUACACCCCUUCCGCUAGCAUCCCUCCUGCUUACACGGCCAUCGCAGCCACCAAUGUCGGCAUGAUGUUUUCCCAGCCAGGCCUUGCGCGGCAUAAGGUUUCUAUGAAGAAGAACAAGAACGUCCAGGGCUAUACUGGAAUGACCUUGACCAAUCCUGCUGUGCCAUUCCAGGUUGCUAUCCCAGGAAACUUCACUCCAUUUCGCAAGAUCAUGAUUGUGGGGAAUGUGUCUCUCAAAGCCAAAAGCUUCCAUGUGAACCUGAGAAACACCAUGACUGGCAACAUCGCCUUGCAUAUCAACCCCCGACUGAAGGAGGGAGCGCUUGUCCGGAACACGUUUAGCAACAGUGCUUGGGGGUCUGAGGAGAGACACAUGUCUGCCAUGCCUUUCUUCCCUGGCCAGGCCUUCCAUAUGGAGAUCGCCAGCCAGAAAAAUAGCUACCAGGUGAUGGUGAACGGGAUGGUGAUAUUCGAUUAUGUCCAUCGAAUCCCUCCAGGACAAGUGGACCAACUGGAAAUAGGUGGAGAUGUGACCCUUUCUUGUGUACAAUACUGACAAAUCUCCACUGUUCUUACAUGCCAUUUUUAUUCAAGCCUCUUGUGGAGAGAGAAUACCAAAGGCAUGUCUACAGAUGCCUCUGGAUCACUGCUACUUCAAAGCAUCUGUCAUGCACAGCUGACUUGCAAAAUCUAAAAUUGAUUGUGGCUUCUUCACAAUGAACCCUGGGAAUUAUACUUCUGAAUUUCAGAAAAAUUGCAGCCAUCUUCUGCUAAACUUGUUUAAACUUGAUUUAAAUUUGUAGUGUAAAGUAGCCAGGCAAUGGAUAAUCAUUUCUUACUCAAACUCAAACAUUUUAGUUCCUUCUCACACCCUUUCUCUUGGUCACAAUUGAUACAGUUAUGUCAAUAAUGCCCCGUUUGCCUCUAUGGUGGGAAAUAAAGUACAUUCCAAUCAAAAUAAAGAUGGAAUGACAGUUGAAACCGCCAUCUUCAAUAGUACACUGUAUUGCACAAUUUCAGUCUGAACACACUUUAUAAUCAGCCAUAAAAGAAAGGUGCAUAAAUAAAGAGAUGCAAUUAAUAGUCACUCUCCCACUAAAUGCCACAAAUGCCCAGCCGUCUAUUUUCAGAUGAUUGCAUGUUAGGAAAGACAUCACUCACUUCAAACAAACUCUCUUCUACCAACAUCAAAUAUAAUAGGCUUUUAAAUAACCAUUUGCUUGGUCACCUCUAGGGAAUAAAAGAUGUCUCCGGGUGACCAGACAGGGAUUUUUUUCUUAACUGGAAGGGUAUUAGUUCUUUUCCCCCCAUUCACACCAACCAUCCUUGUGCCACAAAUGAACAACAAAGGUACAUGUGGGCUGGUGGACUAGAUUCUUCUGAUAACUUCCUCACAAGGCUAACGUAACAUUGGUAUUGCAGGCACAUCACACAAAUGCUGCAGGCACCGAAAUCGAAGUAAACGUGUAAGAUGCCAAUGUGGUAAGCAUAGGCUUUGAGAAUGCAGUACACCUUGAAGUGGAAUAAACAUAUAGAUCAAG